UUAGAGGAUAGACAGACCUCGGCGGCAGCGGCAAGACAAGCUGUGCAGAAGUAAUUUGGAAUGUCGGCAAUCCAGCGGAAAUUGAAGACAAUCCUUAUACUGUUGGUUAUAAUAUACUUGAUGAUCAACAUUUAUCACACAUCACGAGCUAUUUUGCGAAACGAAACGCAGAUCGCUUUGUUGAGAAAAGUUCAAAACAAACCGCUAUGCAUGGCGCAACAGAAAAUAAUUCAGCGUCUUCGAAGACUCACCAAAGAUUUGACUUAUGUUAGAAUGUCUGUAGAUCGCGACAUUGCCAUGGCGAAAGUAAUCGACGGUCAUUACGACAACCUACGACAGCUUCUUCGAGAAAUCGAGUUUAUUACGAGUGCUAGCGUGGACUCUAAAGAUGGGCGAAGACGGUCCGGUGAUGAUCAGGUGAAAGAAUCGCAAAUUGUAUGUCCCGAAGUUUAUAAAGGAUCAACUUAUGGCUAUCCGUUUUACAGAAAAGGUUUUCAAACUGAAGAAUGUUCUGUCAAACAGGACGUAAAUGAACUUGUGACAUUAAUUUUUGAUGAAGUUGUUUUAACGACAGAAACUGGUGACCAAAUAGAGGAUUUCACCCCUACAAGUCGUACUGGCAGGUUUAUUAUGUUCCUUGAAAGCGUGUACCGUUUACAUAAAGGAAUCCGAACUCAUUUUAUUCUAGGAAAAAGUUGGAAUCAACAUGAAAUCGAAACGCUAAGGAGCAAAAUAAUCUUUGAUUUACACACCAAAAUUUACAUCCACUCUCUCAGAAACUACACGUUUAGCAAAGGAGAGUUACUUCAACACAUUAUAACUGGAAUAAAAACUCAAUAUAUCUUGAUUGCAUCCAGUUUGACACGUUUUACAAACGAUAUCAAUCUUGAAAGGCUUCUAAGAGUUCUCUCGACUCAUAAAAAUACGUUCUUUGCGGGUGGCAGUUGGAGAAACUUUACGGGUCACUGGUCAAACGGCUGCCUUCAAACGCAGCUUAAAAAUUACACCUUGACUUACAAAUCCGGUUAUUAUCGUUCAUUUAGUGAAUGUUUAGUUUGCGAUUACAUAUCUGGCCCAUUUAUGGCAAAAACAUCCGUGUUGAAAGAAUUUAAAUUUCAUUUGCGCGGAAAUAAUGGUAUUUUCCAAGAACUGUUCCUGAGAGUAAAAGAUCGAUAUUUCAACUCACAUCCGGGACUUGGUCACUCUGGGACCUCGGUCAUCAGUUGCCCGGAUGUCAUGUUCCAUCGGCAGCCUUCUCCGGUACUUGACGAAGAUCUCGUAAAUUUUGCAAAGAAACACAGCAUUAAAAAGAUAGUCGAAGCCGAUGGCAAAACUCGAUGGUUUGGUUGUAGAAGGGGUGUAAAGCAUCGUGAAGAAGAAAAAUGUCCCUUGAAGUCAGGAUUUGUCGUUCCACCAUGCUGUUUGGAGAAUUUAGCAGAUGCAAUCAAAUUUGUGAUGGAGCAAUGCGAAAGAAAUAAUAUAACUUGCGAGCUGCAAGAAGGAACAUUAUUAGGAGCUGUUAAACUCAACAAGGUGUUGCCUUGGGAAAGAGAUGCCGAUAUUGCAUUUCUCACUGCAGAUUUUCCAAAGAUAGUCAAGAUAAAAGACGCGUUCACUAGUCAGCGAUAUGUGGUCCAUGAAAUAAAGGAGCCAUGGUGCUGUGUAGAAGGAAUUGAAGCUGGUGGUAAGAUUGAGCUACUAGCUGAUGGAUGGUCCAUUCAGAUGUACGGCCAGCAUCGGAUGAACCCAAGAGAGAUCCUCGUCAAUGAGCACCUCCCCACGAAGGUCCUCUUUAGCGGAAACUGGUUAAACGCUCCUUACAAUCCAGGGCUUUAUGUAAGACAUCGCUACGGUCAGGAAGUUUAUAAACACGCCGAACACUGGUUAUCGACUGGAAAACAGUCCGGUUGGGACGCAUACGAAACUGAAGUGUUCAGUUCAUGUCCUGUGAAGGGAUUCCACGGGUGUCUUGACCAAUAUGAGCCUGACGGGUCCAUACAGUUCGAUAAUCACUGGUAAAUCUGCCUUCGAUUUAAUUAAUACUUAACUUGUCGGCAUCGGUCUGAUCUAUUCCGUACAGACGAUGUGGUUUGGUUAAAUUGAGUUAAUCAGCCAUCAGGAAGACAGAUCACAACACAAGGAGCUCGAACUCAAACCUCUCAGUGCAGAAUGGUAGACACCAGGCCACCACAUUGGACACUACAUGUAUGAUAGAACUUUGAAAAUAAUGCAUAGAAUACUCUCCCAAGCGCAUCUUUGGUUAAAAAAAAAAAAAAAAAA